AUGGUACGUUUAAAUGAAGAUCUCAUAUUUAACGGUUUCUCAAGGAUUAACCCUUGUCGUCAGAGGGAACUUCAGCUUCGUCGAAUGACAAUAACAGAAUUAGCUGAUUUGGGAUGUACAAAAGAUGCCUACGAUUGUAUUGAUUUUUCAAUUAACAGUAUUGUAAAACUUGAAAACUUUCCAAGAUUAAAUAAUCUAAAGACUCUCAUUUUGCAUGAUAACAGGGUUAAGUAUAUAGCAGAUGACAUUGGAGAAAAACUUCCAAAUUUGGAGGUUUUAAUGUUGACAAAUAAUUUAUUAGCUGAAUUAGGAGAUAUAAACCCUUUAGCUAAAUGUAAGAAACUACGUGUUUUACAUUUAAUGGGAAAUCCAUGUUCAUACAAAAAAAAUUAUAAAUUGUAUCUUAUCUAUAAAAUUAGAUCACUUAGGGUGUUAGAUUGUAAAAUUAUUCGCCAAAAAGAUAGAGUUGAAGCAGAUAAAUUAUUUAAAGGAAAGAAAAACUUAGUUAAUAUAAAAGAAUUUGUUCAAUAUAGUAGUGCUGUUCAAAAUAUGGAAGAAAAGAUAAAUAUUGAUGUUCAAUUACAACGUUUCCCUAAAGAAGUAGAGGAACAAUUGCGUCUAUCCCUCAAAAAUGCUAAAACUCUAGCUGAGUUGGAGGCCAUCGAGAAGUCAUUGACGUUAUAA